GGAGCCAGGAGCUAGUUGACAGUAGUUUAGAAAAACAAUUAACAGUUAAUUUUAUUAAAACAAAGUAACAAUAAAUAUAUAAAAUAAAAUAAUAAAAUGGAUUUCGAGAGUCCAGAUGUUGAGAAAGAAUUUCCCGGACUUUAUGCCUCGGAGUCUGCUCGGAAAAGCAACGAGAGCGACUUCAGCGAUGACGGAAGUCAUGACAAACAUUCUAAGAAAGAAUUAUUAGGUAAAAAAAAAGAUAAAAAGGACCGUAAGGAUCGAGGUUAUGCUACGCUAGAAGGGGAAAGUUCACCUGAUGAGGAUCAAGAGACCAAAAGUCCUUCGAAAUCUAAAAAAACCAAAACAUUCAAAUUUCCCUCGAAAAAACGUGAAAAGUCACGUGAAAAAGAUAGCAAAGAAAAGGAAACUGAUAAAGACAAAGAUAAAGAUAAAAAAAAACGUGAUAAAGAUGAAAAAGAGGAUAAGGACAAACGUAAGGACAAGGAUAAGGAUAAAGAUAAAUUGAAAUACAAAUUAAAGGAUCGUAAAAAAAAACACGAUGAAGAUAUUGGGGAAGUCCAACCAAUUUUUGGAGUAAGUCUUCAGCUAGCAGUCGAAAGAAGUCGUUGUCAUGACGGAAUAGAACUGCCUCUGGUUGUACGAAAUUGUAUUGAUUAUAUAGAAGAGUUUGGAAUGACGACUGAAGGAUUGUAUCGAGUACCUGGUGUUAAAUCAAAAGUACAACAUUUUAAAAAACUUUAUAACCAACGCGAUAAUGUGAAUACCGCGGAAUUCGAACCAACUGUAGCUACUAGUCUAUUGAUAUUAUUUUUUAGAGAAUUACCAGAAGCAGUACUUGAAAGCAGUGAAACAAUAUCUCGUUUCGAACAAGCGGCAUCAACAAAAGAAGUAUCAAUGCGAGAGUCCCAAUUGUACCAACUGGUCCAUCAACUUCCUGAAUGUAACCGCGUGCUUCUAGGCUGGGUUAUCUGUCACCUGGACCACGUCACAGCCCGUGAAAAAACAACAAAAAUGAACGCACAGGCAAUCGCCAUGACCCUGAGCCCAGUCUUGCAAAUGAGCCACAGACUCUGCUUGGCGCUGCUCUGUCACUGCAAAGCACUUUUUCCUGACGUCACUCUAGAUAAAUACAUUCCGCCACUAUCAUCUGGAAGUUUAUCUCUGCCUGAUACUCCCGAAACAAUAGCUAAAGAAUUAGCCAAACAAGAAUCCCUGCUCGAGCAGAUUCACAUGCAAAUGAACGCCGGGUUUGUCACUAAAUCACGCGAAGAAAUGCUGUGGGAGGUGCAGAGAAUCAUAACUCAAUUAAAAAGAAAAUUUAAAAAGGUACAGAAAUUAGAGGGUAAUCUACAGAAAAGUCUAGAUGACGAAGUUAAAUCUUCAGAUGAAAAUCAUGGGGAGGGGGGAUCAGGUAUAUCAGGAGCAGGCUCUAAAAUUUUAGCAACUGGGUCAGGAUCAGGUACUAAUUCAGGUUCAGGUAUAUCAGGACCAAGUUCAAUUGUAUUAGGAAUUAAUUCAGGUACAGGUACAGGAAUUUCAAUAUCAGGUUCAGGUACAAUGACACCUGGUUCAGGUAUAGGACCCCCAGGUCCUGAAAUAUCAGGAUCAGGUAUUGAAAUCUCAGGCACUAGCACCGAAACUUUGAAUUCAGGUACGGGAAUUUUAGGAUCAGGUUCGGGUACAGGAUUACCAGGCUCAGGCAUGGGAUUAUCUGGCCCAGGUUCGGGUACAGGAAUUUCAGUAUCAGGUUCAGGUACGGGGGCUUCAGUAGCAGGUUCAGGUACAGGGGGUUCAGUAUUAGGAUCAGGUGCAGGAUUUCCAGGGUCAGGUUCAGGUACGGGGACUACCGUAGCAGGUUCCGGUACAGGAUUGCCAGGAUCAGGUACAGGAAUAUCAGGUUCAGGUACUGGAAUAUCAGGAUCAGGUUCAGGUACAGAAAUACCAGGAUUAGAUCUAAAACCUGAUGAAACAAAAGAUGUCGUUGAUUGUAAAGAAAAAAUAAAAGAAGAAGAAGAAGAAAAAAUCGAAGAAAAUUCACUCGAACGAAUACGUGAAAUUUUAAUCCACGACGAAUUAAUAAAUAUGGAAACUGUCCUAAGAAUGAGAAUCCAACAAGAGAGAAAUGAAAUUAAAAAAUUAAACGAAAUGAUUAUUGAAAAACCCGAAAGACUCAAAGUCAAAGAAAAAGAGAGAAUUCAUUCACCCAACGAAGCCGAAAUUACUGCGAUGAUACAACUCGCCAAAGAAAAUCAACUUCUUGAGAAAAAAAUGAUGACUUUGAUAAGAAGUAUCAUCGAAGAAAAAGACGCAUGUGUUGAAUUGAGGGUACAGUUAGCGAUGCAUCAAUUGAUGAGACAAAAAUCUGUGUAAAAUUAUUACCAUUAUUAUUAUUAUUAUUAUUAUUUAAAUUAUUUUAAUUAAUGUUGAAUAUUUAUAAAAAAAUUUAAUUAUAUUAUUGACUAAUAAACUAAUUAAAUUUCAUAA